GCUUUUUUUUCUUCUUAAAGAAUCUUUUUUCCCCUUCCCUUUCGCCGCAAACACGACAUUCCAACGAAACAUCGACGGAUUUCGUGUCUGAUAAACCUAGGCCAUAUUCAACUUAAUUUUUGUCUUCGAUAGAUCCGAAUUUUUCUCGCAAUUCUAAUCCGGCAACCAGGUAACGGCUUGCGACGUUUCCUCGCAUCCCCGCAAUCAAAUAUCAACUUUUAUUUGUUUAUCGGUCCUCUUCCACAAAACCCACCAAGAUGAGUGUAGUCGGCGUCGAUUUCGGAACGCUGAACACUGUCAUUGCAGUCGCCAGAAAUCGAGGUGUCGAUGUCAUUACAAAUGAAGUCUCGAAUCGAGCUACUCCUUCCCUAGUUGGAUUCGGACCCAAGUCUCGAUACCUCGGAGAACCGGCAAAGACGCAAGAGAUUUCUAAUCUUAAGAACACUGUUAGCUCUUUAAAGCGCUUGGGUGGACGAAGCAUCAACGACCCAGAUAUUCAGAUCGAGCAGCAAUAUGUCUCGGCCCCUCUCGUUGAUGUCGGCGGCCAGGUUGGCGCUGAAGUGUCGUACUUAGGCAAGAAGGAGAAGUUUUCGGCCACUCAACUCACGGCCAUGUUUUUGAGCAAGAUCAAGCAGACAACGCAGAACGAGCUCAAGUUACCUGUGCAAGAAAUUGUCAUCAGCGUGCCUACAUGGUUCACUGACGUCCAAAGAAGAAGUCUUUUAGAUGCGGCCGAGAUCGCUGGCCUAAGGGUUCUUCGUGUUAUGAACGAUACCACUGCCGCUGCUUUGGGCUAUGGUAUCACCAAGCUCGAUCUUCCUCCCGCUGAAGAGAAGCCUCGCCGAGUCGCCUUUAUCGAUAUUGGCCACGCUGACUAUUCUUGCUCCAUCGUCGAGUUUAAGAAAGGCGAGCUUAGUGUCAAGUCGACAGCAUAUGACCGCCACUUUGGUGGACGAGAUUUCAACCUCGCUUUGGUUAACCACUUCCAGAAGGAAUUCAAGGGCAAGUACAAGAUCGAUAUCACGACUAACCCCAAGGCUAUGGUCCGUGUCGAGGCUGCUGCCGAGAAGCUGAAGAAGAUUCUGUCAGCCAAUCAACAAGCUCCUAUGAACAUCGAGUCUCUCAUGAACGAUAUCGAUGUGACGGCUAUGAUUACGCGACAGGAAUUCGAGGCGCUCGUAGAGCCAUUACUUAGCCGCGCCACAGUACCAUUAGAACAGGCCCUUGCCGAAGCUAAACUUUCUAAGGACGACAUUGAUGUGAUUGAGCUGGUCGGUGGAUGCACACGUGUUCCUGCCCUGAAAGAACAAAUCCAGGCAUUCUUCGGAAAACCGCUCUCCUUUACCCUCAACCAGGAUGAGGCUGUUGCUCGAGGUUGUGCUUUCAGUUGCGCCAUUCUCUCGCCCGUCUUCAAGGUCCGUGACUUCGCCGUCCAGGAUAUCGUCAACUACCCUAUCGAGUUUUCCUGGGAAAAGGAUGUUGACAUUCCAGAUGAAGACACUAGCCUUACGGUGUUCAACAAGGGCAACGUCCUUCCUUCGACCAAGAUCUUGACUUUCUACCGAAAGCAGGCAUUUGACCUCGAGGCAAGAUAUGCUAAGCCCGACGAGCUCCCUGGCAAGAUCUCGCCAUUCAUUGGUCGCUUCUCCGUCAAGGGUGUUAAGGCCGACCCUAAAACCGAGUUUAUGAUCUGCAAACUCAAGGCUAGAGUGAACAUCCAUGGUGUCCUUAAUGUGGAGAGUGGAUAUUAUGUUGAAGACCAAGAAGUCGAAGAAGAGGUCAAGGACGAGAAGAAGGAUGAAGGGGAUAAGAAGGACCCUGACGCUAUGGAAACUGAUGACAAGAAAGACUCCGAUAAGCCCAAGACCCGAAAGGUCAAGAAACAAGUUCGCAAAGGCGACCUGCCUAUUGUUGCUGGCACCAACUCUUUAGAUGCGUCCACCAAGAAUAGCCUCACAGAAAAGGAAUCUGCAAUGCUUAUGGAGGACAAGCUUGUUGCUGACACAGAGGAGAAAAAGAACGAACUAGAGACAUAUAUCUAUGAUCUCCGAAACAAACUGGACGAUCAAUACGCCGACUUUGCCAGCGACGAGGAGAAAGACACACUCAGAUCGAAGCUAACGGAGAGCGAGGAUUGGUUAUACGAGGAUGGUGAGGAUGCCACCAAGGCUGUCUAUAUCGCCAAGAUGAGUGAGCUUCAAGCCAUGGCUGGUCCCAUUAGGCAAAGAUACUUCGACAAGGUAGAAGCAGACCGUCAAGCUGUACAGGCUAAACUUGAUGCCGAAGCUUCUGCCAAGAAGGCCGCCGAAGAGGAGGCCCGUAAAGCGGCUGAGGCCGCAAAGGGCGAAGCUAAGGACGAAGAGAUGACAGACGCCGAGGCUACAAAGCCUGAGGUUGAGGAGACCCAAUCGUAAUCGCGAUCGAAGUCUUCUCCCUUGGGCGAAAACGUACCCGCCUUUCAUGAUACUAUUAUCUACGGAUAGAUGACCUUUCCAGGCGCUAAUUGAUGUGCAUGGCGAGGACGAAAACAGGAGAAUUAUAAUGACAACGGCAGGGGUGGUUGGGCGGAUACUGGACUAGGCAUCGUUCAGAGGGGUUCUGCUCAUCAAUCAUCCAUUUUCUAGGUAGUUCAUGAGGAAUAGAUUUUUCCCCCACAUCAUGCGGACAGAGAGGGGCAAUAGGAAUUCAAGCACGUGGACUUUAGAUAGACCCAGACAAUGCAGGCUACUUGAUUAU